UUUUAUUGUAAACUUAUGUUAUUUGUUAUUUUUAAAUUUAAAAUAUGUUUUAAAUAAAAUGUGUACAUAAUAUUGUUUAAAGUUAGAAUACGGUCCUGAUUAUUAGGAUAUUCAUGUAAAUAUAAAUGUGUAGAGGAAUCAUCAACUUAAGUGCCAAUUUAAGGAGGAUUCUUUUAAACAAAAGCUUCUAUGUAUCACUAGGGUUAAAAAAUGCUAAAUUCUCCACUUUUGAUAGUAAAAUAUCAUCCCAAAAUGAUCCUGAACUAACACAUAUCUUUGAUCGUUUCAACAACUAUCUGGAACCUGAUGAGAAACCUUCAAAUAAUGAUGAUGGCUUAGAUUUUAGAUCGAAAUUGGAUUUAUGUGAGAAAGUUUCUGAAGUUUGUAAUAUUUUUUCUCAAAAUAAACGUAAAUUAACUCCAAAUGAACUCCUAAAUCUUCUAGCCAAGGUUAUUCAAAUCAAUUCUAUCAUUAGAAGCUCUAAAAGCAAGGAUUUUGAAGAGAAUAUUCCUAUUCCAGAUUUCACAACCACCUUUGAUUCUACUGAUAAGGUAGACUACUUCCCUCCAUCUGAUUUCUGUUCAGUAUCACUAAACACCUUCAGAACUGUUAAUAUCAAGAGACUUGAUCCUAGGGUUUCUGAGAUUUUUAUUAGGCUUGUAAACAAAUUGGAUACAUUGACUGUUGAACACAUAUUAUACCUAAAUAGGAUGUGUGAGCUUAUAAAGGGGUACCACUCCAAGGUAAUUUUAUCAUUUUCUGAAGAUAAGAUAGCGACAAACAUAUAUAAAAUGGAUGAAACUAACCUGAUUAGAACUGCAAUGGUUAUUGUUAGAAGGUCUGAGAACGUAGACUUUGUAAAAAUGUUCAUUUCCGAGCUUUUCAAGAAAAUUUAUUUUUUCAAUAAUUCUCAGAAAAUGCUCUUGUUUCAUCUAAUGUCAAACUCCUCCAAGUGUUCCAGCAUCUUCUUAAGUUGUUUUUCUGAAUACUUGGAAUAUAUAACUAAGUCUGAUUGUGAACAAGCCCAAUCUCAACUUUCAACUUUUACAGAAAGGGACUUCAUUAAGUUUUUAUCAUCAUAUGCAAACAACCAAAAAUGUAUUUCUAAGGAUCUUUUUGAGUAUCUAUUCUCUAGAUGUUUGGUUGCCCAUUUAAAUGAGCUGAGCUUAGACGAUGUUAUGGAUUUACUGUGGGUUUCCAACAAGUUCAACAGUGUCGAUUUAUUCCUACCCAAAGUCAAGGACUUUUUAGGCUCCAAUUUAGAGGAUAUAGGUCCCAAUAGACUAACUAUGCUUAUUUGGUGUUAUAGUAAUUCAAACAUCACUGAUAACCAGUUCCACAAAUAUCUUGAGGACGCUGCAAUUACACUAUCAGAUCAAUUAACUACAAAGAACAUCUCAUUAUCUGCAUAUGGACUAUCUUUAAAAUCGGUUCCAGGUUCUGAGCCUAGAUUUCUAAACACUAUUCAAGAUGAUAUAGUAUCUAACAUAAUGCAAUUCAAUGGCUUGGAUUUGUCAAUGUUGGCUUAUUCAUACUCUAAGCAUCUAUGUGGCUCUAGUGUACUACACCAAUGCAUUCAGGAGGGUUUGAUGAACUAUGUUGAGGACCUUCCAGCUGAUUGCAUAACCAGGGUGGUCUACUCAUACGCCAGGAUUUCUGGAAAGCAAUCACUGUUUAACGCAUUUAUUUAUACCAUUUUCCAGAGAAUGCAUCAGUUUCCAAUCCACGAAUUCACUAAAGUUUUAUGGUCAUACCUGGCAAUGAAGUUUUAUGACCAUAAGUUCUGGACAACUUGCUUGGAGACUAUUAUAAACAAGUUCGACCUUAUCAUCGAUGAGAAGAGAUGUUACCUUCUUUAUCCAGUAAUCAAAAUCCUAAUCCAACUGAAAAUAACCCCUGAAACAAAGGAGUUAACUAGGCUGUGCAACCACAUUUCUAAGUACUUUUGGGACUCUCAAGACAGGAAUAAAACCAGUGAAGUUGUAAGCAAGGUGGUAGAACUUAUUCCUGAAGUUCAGCAUGUACUUUUUGACUCCAACCACGAUAAUUUUAUGGUUGAUGUUACUUUUACUAAAACUGGUGGGAUCAGAUAUGCCGUCAUAAUAUACAACUCUUCAAACAUGUUUAAUCAAUCUCCAAUUGCUGAUUUAAGGUUAAAGGAACUGUUCCUUUCAAACAAAGGUUAUAACCUUGUAAGAAUUCUUGAGGACGUUUGGAUCAAUCUUGACAUAAAUGACCAAAUUAAAGUAAUUCAGUCUCAACUUUAGCAUUAAAUGUGGUAAUCCAUGUACUAAACAUAUUUUAU